GCUGACUCAGUGAUGUAACGUGAACACACUCUCAGUGUGUUUGUCCUCAGAGCUCCAGACAGUCUCCACACUGCAGCAGGCACAGAGUGAGCUGCGGCCCCAGACCUCCACCUGACAUCCGCACACCUGAGGGAUGAUGUCUGUCUACCUUCUCCUCCUCCUGCUGCUCCUCCCUCUGGUGGCAGCUCAGACCUAUCACUGGGGUCCCUGUCCCACUCCUAAGGUGCAGCCCAACUUCAACCUUCAACAGUAUCUCGGCAGGUGGUAUGAGAUCGAGAAGCUCCCUGCUUCCUUCGAGAGAGGGAAGUGCAUCGAAGCCAACUACGCCAUAAGGAGAGACGGUACCAUUCAGGUGCUGAACUCUCAGUUCUAUAAAGACAAGGUGAGGGUAGCAGAAGGGACAGCAGUGGUUGCAGACCCGAGAGAAUCUGCCAAACUUGGCGUCAGCUUCUCUUAUUUUACUCCCUACAGCCCCUACUGGGUUCUGACCACUGACUACACCAGCCUGUCCGUCGUGUACUCUUGCACGGACAUCCUCCGCUUGUUCCACGUCGACUACGCCUGGAUCCUCGGCCGGUCGCGCUUCCUGCCUCCAGACACCGUGCGUUAUGCCAAAGAGCUGCUGAUCAGUGAGGGAAUCGACCUGUUCAGGAUGAAGGCCACAGAUCAGACGGGCUGCAAGGAUAAUUAGGGAUGCAUGGAGACUCCCACUCAUGGCACCUGCACUGCACUCAGAAGAGGCAGGGUUGAAUACUUGAUCAGCAGGACUGUACUGUUAACUACAACAUCUUCAAACUUACUAACCAUCAGCUCAAAGUUAAGAGGAAAUACAGGAAAACGUUGUCCUGUUGAACAGCACUUAUUUUCAAACAGAUGUGUAUCGCAGGUAUAGCAUUAUUUGCUUUGAUUUUCAUUACUUUUCCAGCAUCAUGUCGUAACUCUUCCUCACUGACCAAAAGUACUCCAGUGUAACAGAUAUGAAAACAUUUAAAGAUAUUUUUACAUUUUAAUUCUGUAGUAACUGAUCAGUACUUUUAAAAAAGUGGAGGGAAGGAGUUUGUAAAACCUGCAUGACAUCAACUCUGAACCUCAGUGAAGUUACGUAACGUUACUCAUUGUUCUUUAGGAAUAUAUUGUAUUUUGAUAUUCUAGGACAUCAUAUUGUGUAAACAAGAAUGUUUGUGGUGAUGGUCUUUUUAAUUUUUAAUUUUUAUUAAAUCUGUAUUCAUGAAGCAGUUA